AUGGACGAAACGGGACGUCCAUGUGUUGUGCCUAAAGAUGACGUCACAGCCACCCUGACGGACCCCUCGGGACAGGCGGUACCAACACAGCUGCAGGAGAAGGGCAGGGGAUUGUGGGAAAUCUCCUAUUCACCUGAGGUCACGGGAAACCAUAGGUUAGAGGUCAAAGUGAACCUCAUGUCUGUGGCGGGAAGUCCGUUUGACGUCACAGUGCAAAGUAGGGACACGCCAGUCUUAACCAUUGGGGAAGAAGGAAAUGGGGAGGGAGAACUCUUGUACCCAAAUGAUAUAGCAGUGGACAUGGACGGUAACAUUGCAGUGGUGGAGCGGGGGAACGAACGGGUUCAGAUAUUCGAUGCCAAGACUGUUCUGCAGGACGGCCGCAUGGUGGUGGCGGACAGCGAACAGCAGUGCUGUCUCCUCCUGCAGCCUGACGGGAGCCUCAUCCGGGACAUCGGCAAGGGACAUUUACAGAACCCACAGUACAUAGCGGUGGACGAGUCACGUGGUCUGUUAUUUGUCACAGAUUACUCGACUCAUAAAGUGUUUGUGUUUGACCUUGAGGGGAAGCUGAAGUUCAGCUUUGGUAAAGUGGGGGAGAAUGAGGGAGAGCUCGAAGGCCCAACAGGGAUCACAGUAGACCCGGCAGGUAACAUCGUUGUAGUGAACUGUGAUAACGGCCGUCUGCAGGUGUUCGGGCCAGACGGGACGUACCUGAGAACUGUGGCCACAGUGAAGGGAGGAGACCCCCUGGGAAUCGCGCUGACACCGGAUAACCACAUACUAGUAGCUGUAGCGUGUUUUUUGGGACAUUGUGUUGAGCUGUACAGGUACAAGUAG